AAUAAAUUCAUCACAAAUGAAAUGGACAGAUGGGAGUGGACGGAAGGAGUUUUUCAAACAGGAGAAUUUUUAAUUGAACAUCAAAGCGGUGUUGCUCUCUAUGAUGGAAAUGAAAAAACUUCAUUUGAAAAUGGUGUAUUGUCUCUCACGACACACCGACUACUGUGGAAGGAUCACAUAGACAGAAAAUGUUGUAUCGGUUUACCAUUAUCUGUUGUCAUAUAUCUGGAAGAACAAGCAUCAGGAUUUGCCAAAAGUGCUAAAAUUGUGGUGCAUUUAAGUUCUCCACAGCCAAACAAGGCUUCUGGUCCCAAAACACACAGUCCAUAUAGCUACAUCCGGCUGUCAUUCCGAGAAGCUGGAGAAAGACAGUUUCACAAAGCUUUUUUGGAGGAAUUAAAGAACAGAAGAUGGGAGAAGACAACUGAGCCGACACUUUCUGCAGCUGGCUUGCAACCAAGACACAGACCUGGUAUUGUAGGGAUAGAGAGAUCAAUUCAAGAAAAAUACAAAGCGACAAGUAAACACAUCUCUGUUGCCUUUGAAGAUUUGAGUAAACUCAUGGAAACGGCAAAAGAUAUGGUAAAUCUGUCCAAGAAUAUAGCUGCAAAGAUCAAAGAGAAACAAGGGGACAUAACUGAGGAUGAGACAAUAAAAUUCAAGUCGUACUUGCUGAGUAUGGGAAUACCUAACCCAGUAACUCGCGAGACCCAUGGUACGGGUGACAAGUACUAUUCUAGUCUCGCUCGCGAACUGGUCGCUGUCUUGGAGAAACCUAUAGAGGAGUGUGGUGGUAUGAUGACACUAACUGAUGUGUACUGUAGAGUUAACCGAGCUCGUGGCAUGGAGUUACUGUCUCCUGAAGAUCUGUUGCAUGGCUGUGAACUAAUGGAAUUGUUACGCUUGCCAAUCAGAUUGCGGACCUUCGACAGUGGUGUCAUGGUGUUGCAGAUCCAGACCCAUAAUGAGGAGGAAGUGAUAACUAAGACAAGUAAACAGGUGGAGGAGAGAGUCUCUUUGACUGCAGAAGAACUGGCACAACUUGUAGGAGUAUCAGUUAUUUUAGCAAAGGAAAGGUUGCUUUUAACAGAAAAAGUUGGUGGUGUCUGCAGAGAUGAAACGGUGGAAGGACUUCGGUUUUAUCCUAAUUAUUUCUUAACUCGAGUGACAUAACGAGACAAUCAUGUGUGACUACAAGCAAGCCUUAGUUAUCAUAAGCCUGAGGGAGAAGGCUUAGUUAAUCAUAAACCACAGGAGCAAAACCUUGAUUUGUUAUUAUUCUGACUGGAAAAGCCAUGGGUUAUCAUGAACCAGAGGCAGAAGCCUUGGUUUUUUGUAAACUUAAAGUGGAAACCUUCGUUUACCAUGAUCUCGGGGUAGAAAGCCUUGAGGGAAAACAUAACGUGAUGCGAUAAAACUGAGGGAAAACGUUGGAUGUUUCCAUAAACUUGAAGGAAAAGUAAUGUAUUUCCACAAACCUAAAGGAAAAAGUCAUGUGUUUCCAUAAACUUGAGGGAAAAAAUCAUGUGUUUCCAUAAACUUGAGGAAGAUAUCCAAGGAUUAUCAUAAACCAAAAGGGAAAAACCUUGGUCACUCAUAACCCUGAUAGUGAUAUAUCAAAGCACAAGUCAUCAUAAACCUCAGAGGACAUACGGGCCAUGUUCAGCCAGACCGAGUGGAACAUCAUUGAUCAAAUUCAGUUAAAUAAUAUACCUUCUCUCUAUACACAUAUAAACAUGCUAGAAAUAUUUUAUUCAUGUUAGAUAUGAUGCAGCCAUUUAUGCUGAUAAGAACAUAAACUGAUUGGACUACUAGUAUAAUGGCACUUUCAAAAAUGUAUCUUUCCAGCUACAUUUUUAGAUAUGGGUGUGAUAGCUUAAUAAUAUGUAAAUAUUAUAAUAAAAUAUAAAAUAUU